AUGGCCAAAUAUGGUGCCCCAUUCGGCCAGUCUAGUCCUGUUGGGGGCGGGGCCACCAGCUCCACGUCAGCUCCACCUCAGCUCCACAUCAGCUCCACCUCAGCUCCACGCCAGCUCCACCUCAGCUCCACGUCAGCUCCACAUCAGCUCCACCUCAGCUCCACGCCAGCUCCACCUCAGCUCCACGUCAGCUCCACGUCAGCUCCACGUCAGCUCCACGUCAGCUCCACAUCAGCUCCACCUCAGCUCCACGCCAGCUCCACCUCAGCUCCACGUCAGCUCCACAUCAGCUCCACCUCAGCUCCACGCCAGCUCCACGUCAGCUCCACCUCAGCUCCACGUCAGCUCCACAUCAGCUCCACACAGAGCGUUAUGGAGGUGUCACCUCUGCCCACAUGA